CCUGCACCAUGGCGCCCGAGUGAAUACGAUGAUGUGGUCGCAGAGGCGCUCCCCUUCGCCCUCCGCCAGCCCCUUUGCAGUUUGAAAGCACCGCGUGGGCGGAUACACCCAACCGUACAUACCGUCCUAUCAGCGACUUGUAUGGGACUGAUCCUGCGAAAUCGCUUUGGAUGGGUAUAAAUAACGGUACACCACAAGCUAAAAGUGAUGGAUCGACCGAACCACUGGCAUAUUUAUGCCCUGUAUGCAACCGUCCUAUGGGCUCGUCGACCGAGUUUGUCAAACACUUGAAGGAUACAUCCUGCGGGUCCACAUGCCUCGAGUGUGGUGAACUGUCAAGGUCCGGUGUAGACCUCUAUAGGCAUGCUCAAGAAUAUAGCCAUAGCGUUCUCCGCUGCGGCUACAAAAAGUGUGGAAAGACCUACGCCCGAAUCGACAUCCUUGAGCGUCAUUUGCUCAAUCAUCGAGCCAAUGCAGCUCAAUACCCAUGCACUUACUGUUGCAGUGAGAGGGCGUUCACGCGCAAAGACAAGCUAAAGCAGCAUUUGAACAAUUUUCAUCGAAUCGGCGACGCGCAAGGCAUUGACCUUGUCUGUCAUCACCAUGAUUGCGACUCAUAUCGUCCCAAUGGUCCCCACUAUUAUGAACUCGAUCAUCCCUUCAAAAGGGGCGCAGAUUACACCAGUCACAUCAAAGAAGUCCACGACGAAUCUCCGUAUCCUUGCCCCGUCGCAGGAUGCAAUCGCGUCGGCGCGAAGGGAUACUUCUCCAAAAGUCCUCUGGUAAGGCAUAUCAAGAAGGAGCAUGUUGGGACAGAUAUACAGUUCGGCAAGAUCCCGGCCUCUGUUUAGUGGAGAAUGGGGAUGGGAAUGAUGAUCCACGGCGAUUCCAUACUCGCAAGUCGCAAACGAGACUCGACAUGUGUGGGUUUUGGGUGAUGUCUCAUCAUUUGCCAUGCAAAUCGGGAUCAAGGGGUUAGACUGUCGUUACCGUGCAGGUUGAAUACAACUGAAUUAGCUCU